AUGAUGAAUGUUUUUAAAGUUGAGAGUGACGGGAACGGGACUGUGAAAUCGGUUUUCAAUAAAGGAAAACAAAAAACAAUGAAUCAAGCAUUGGAGGAUAGAGAGCCCGUAACUCGAGCUUUAUGUCGACUUAUAUACGGUGAAGCGUUGCCAUUUAACUUGGUGAAGUCUCCAUUGUGGAAAGAAGCUUUGAGACUCGUAGGGGAGUAUGGGAAAGGAUUGAAACUUCCUUCAUAUCAUGAGGCGAGAGUAACAUACCUAAAGAAAGAGGUAGAAUGUGUUGAAAAAGGGUUGAAUAAGUACAAGGAAGAGUGGAAGAAAACGAGGUGCACUCUUAUGUCCGACGGUUGGACGGAUGGAAAACAAAGGUCUAUCACAAAUUUUCUUGUGAAUAGUCCAAGUGGCACGGUAUUUGUGAAAUCAGUUGACACAUCUUCAUUUGCUAAAGAUGCAAAUAAGUUAUUUGAAAUUCUUAAUUCAAUUGUUAAAGAAAUUAGGGAGGAGAAUGUGGUCCAAGUCGUCACUGAUAGUACUUCGGCUUAUGUGUUAGCCGGUUCAAAGUUGGAGCAAGAGAGACCUCGUUUAUAUUGGUCACCGUGUUCCGCCCAUUUGAUUGACUUGAUGUUGCAAGAAAUAGGAGGUGGAAAAACAUUCAAAGACACCUUAGAUAAAGCACGAAAAUUAACCGUUUAUAUUUAUAGACAUUGUGUUUUGUUAUCCAUGUUUAGAAGGUUCACCGGUGGUCAAGAAUUAACACGAGUCGGAGUAACACGAUUUGCUACUUCUUUUCUUACAUUGAAAAGAUUUCAAGAGUUAAAACAUCGCAUGCGACAAUUGUUUGCUUCUAAUGAAUUGGCCGAAUCCACCUUUACUUCUAAAGAUGAAGGGAAAUUAGCUGAAAGAAUUACUUUGGUUGAUGUCAACUUUUGGAAGGCUAUAAAAUAUUAUUUGAGUUGUGUGGUUCCUAUUUAUAAGAACUUUAAUGUCAAUAAAGAAGUCAAAUGCGGAUUGUAUGAUGUCAUUGAAAGGAUGUAUAAUAGGCCAACAAUGGUGACAAUUCAUGAACAACUUGUAAAGUUCAAUGAGAGCAUGAGGAUGUUUGGGAUAUUCGCAGCCGUGUUAAUGAAGAAGAAAAUGCAACCUGCUAAAUGGUGGUCAAGUUAUGGAGAUGAGUGCCCGAAAGAUGAAGAUGAUGAUGACCACUUUAUCCCUGAAGUUUAG